AUGUUCGGCGCCGAGGAACCGUUCCGUGCGCUUCCGACCGCGCCUCAGCUCGCGCAGGCGGCCGACGAGGAGGAGUCGGCGCCCCUGCUGUCCGUCAGGGACGUGCCUCUCGCGGAGGACUCCGCGCGGGACGCCUCGGCCGCCGCGGGCACGGUCGCGGAGGGCGUGCUGGCGUCCGUCGCGCGCGUCACGCGGCCCGACCGCGGCGCCCCGCGCGCCCUCCCGCCCGAAGACCCCUUCCGCCCCGUGCUGAUCAACGUCCGCAAGGGCCCGACGCCUGCGCGCGCGCUCGCCCGCCUCGAGGGCCGCGCUGAGGUCGAGACCUACGGCAUCGCCGUCGACGACAAGCCGCAGUGGCGCGACAAGUGGAUCGACCGCGCGGAGCAGCGGCUCGCGCACUACGAGCAGGCCGCAGAGCGCGACGGCGCGGCCGCGGACGACGCCGAGACCAGCCGCCUGCUCGGCGCCGCCGACGUCGCAACGCGCCAGAACGCCAACGGCGCUCGCGGGCUCAUCGACGAGAACGGCCUGGUCCUGCAGGGCGCGAACCCGCUGCGACGCGAGCUCGGCCGCGACCCGAAACGCCACGACCCCAUGGCGCCGCACCUCGCGCUUGUCGUGCGCGAGCCCGGCGUGGCGAUGCUCACGUCAUCGGACGAGGUGCGCAAGUACCGGCUCGACCUCGAGGUGCCGCGCGUGCAGCUCGCGGCGCACCCGGCGAUGACGCGCGAGGACUGGCUCGCGUCGCGCCUCGCGGCGGUGUACCAAGGCUACCGCACGCGCGAGCACGCGGGCCUGCAAGCGCUGUACUCGCGGCGGCUGAUGGCGCUCGAGGAGGAGCUGCUCGAGGCGCGGGAGCAGCUGUUCGGCGUCGCGGCCGGCGGCGCGGACGGCGCGGAGCUCGGGCGCGCGCGGGCGCAGGAGGCCGGGCGGUUGGAGCUGGAGGUGGCGGCGACGCGCGCAAUGCUGGAGCGGGAGGCGGCGUGGGAGCACGGGGCGUGCGUGCACAUGCGGAACAUCUACCAGCAGAUCGAGGCGGAGCGGGCGCGGCAGGGGUUCGCGAUGACGGGGGUGUAUUUGCAGGUGGAAAAAGACGCCGGAGUCGGGGUGGCGGCGGGGGUCGACAAGCGCGCGCGCCGGGAGCUCGACGUGCGGCUCGCGGUGGCCGAGGUCGACGACAUCGUCGGGCUGCACCGCCCACCCAAGCGGUUCCCCGGGUUCGAGGAAGGGGACGGCGCGGGGGGGGUCGUCGACGCGAGCGACGCGGCGGCGGCGUUCGGGGGCGCGACGAUCAAGCUGCGGCGCGUCGAGACGCUGGUGCGCGCGCACGCCGCGCGGAGGGCGGAGCUCGAGGCGGAGCUGCUGAAGCUGGAGCGGGUCGUGGGCAAGGGCGCGCGCGUGGAGCAGCGGGACGUGGACCGCCAGGCGGAGCUGGCGGCGGAGCUGGCGGCGCUGGGGGAGUUUCCGCGGCGCGCUGCGCGGGCGCAGGACAAGACGGCGCAGAUCGAGAAGCGGACGCGGGAGAAGGUCAAGAAGGAGGGGCCGCUGCGCGUGCAUCGCCCCGCGCGGCUCCGGGCGCUCCUGACGCUCCCGGACGGCCCCGAUGCCCUGACGGCGCACCAGGCGAACCGAGCCGCCGUCCUGGCGCGCACGCGGGUGUUCGCGAAGCUCAUCGUCAACGGGCGCGUCGUCGCCGAGACCGAGCCGCGCGCCCUCCAGCCCGACUUCUCCGUCGACGUGGGGGAGGUGUUUUCCCUCCAGGUCGUACGCUGGCCUGACAGCGUCCGACUGGCGAUCUACCAGGCCCGCAAGUCCUUCGACCUCCUCCUCGGCGAGUGCCGCGUCCUCCUCCCGGGCGCCGGCGGCCUCCCCACCGAGGACGUGCAGCCGGUCAGAUAUGAUUUCCAGUCCCACAACACCUUCUCGCCGCCGUGGUUGCCAGUCGAGGGCGACCCCGCGGAGGAGAUCCAGCGCCGGCAGGCCGCCGCGGCGGCCGCGCACGAGGCCGCGCUCGCGGGCGCCACGAGCUCCGCGGCGCGGAAGCGCGCGUCCGCCGCUGCAGCGGCCAUCACCGAAGCAGCCCUGCAAAUCUCCGGCGCGUGCUUCGUGCGCGCUGCCUGGCGGCCGCAGCCAAGCACCGCCGCAGUCGGCACGGCCCCGCGCCCCGCCGGCGCGCUCCUCGACUCCGGCGCAGCCUCCGACGCCCCGCGGCCGCCGGGCGCCGCCGACAUCGAGACGGGCGUUGAUGCGGCGGCACAGCGACUCAUGCCGCCGCCUCCGCCGUUCGCGGUCGCGGACUCCCGCACGGCCUUCCUCGCGCAGGCGCAGCUCGCGCAGUGGGCCGAUCUGGCCGGGGUCGACCCGAACGAUCCGCGCGGCGGGAAGCUGCUGGAGCUGCUGCGGGCAUACCGUGGGGCGACGGCCGCGCCUGGGGCGGUCGGCGCGGGCCCGGGGUCGGCGAACGCGCCCGCGGGGCCGUUCCGCAUCGCGCCGCCCGCGGAGGUCGUCGUCGGGCGGCGGCGCGUGCUCGCGGCGCGCCGCACGCGCCUGCUGGCUAUGCGCUGGGAGGCGGCGGGGGAGCAGCGACGGCUGGGGCAGCCCGAGCGGGCGCCGCUGCCGGUGCCGCUCGCGGACUUCGAGGUGCAGGAGCUCGACGGGUACCGCAUGCUGCGGCAGGCGGGCGUGCCGGAGCGCAUGGCUGCGGGGAAGAUGUCUGAUCAAUUGGGGGAGGCGCGUGACACAGAUAUAGCCAGAAGGGUUCUCGCGGCGCCGUCGCUCAAGGUGAUCCGGGAGCGCGAGGAGGCCAUCCGCGAGCUCGGGCACCGCAUCGAGCAGGUCGGGCGCGAGCUCGCGCGAAAGGACCCCUCGCUCACGCGGCGGUCCCCCGGGGACGUGGUCAGCGAGCUGUUCGUGCCGGGGCUCCUCAAGGAGUGGCACCUCAUCUGGGGCGCGGUGUUCGACGCGUUCGCGCCGCGGUCGCGCCUCAAGCCGCGCCGCCAGCGCAACGCCGUCCCCGCGCAGCAGGCACACAAGGAGGUGUCCAUCAUCGUACACGUGUUGCAAGCCAACAACCUGCCCGUGCGGGCCGCGGGGCGCGCGGGCGCGGGCGCGGCGUCGCCGUACGUGGAGGUGCUGUUCCAGGACACGGCGGCGCGGACGUCGUCGGGCACCGGGCGCGACCCCGUGUUCAACGAGGCCGUGCGCGUGAUGCUGACCGCGCCCGAGGGGCAGGAGCUGACGCCGUCGUUCCUGCACGGGUGCGACUUCCAGAUCAUCGUGAACGUCUUCGACGAGAUCGCGGUCCCAGCGGAGCCGCAGGCGCGCGCGGGGGCGGCCGGCACUGCUGCGCGGUUUGGCGCUCGCGGGCAGACGCGGGCGACGGAGCGCACGGCCGUGCGCGUCGAGCGGCGGUUCCUCGGCUCCGUCAUCGUCCCGUUCAACGGCCUCUACCAGCUCGGAGUCAUCGAGGGCACCUUCGGCCUCGAAGUCCCCCUCUGCCUGCUCGGGUACGACCACGGCGCGCCUGAGUCAGCGUUCGGCGCGCCGUCGAUCGCGCUGUACAUGGCCACGGCGCCCCAGCUGCAGUACCAGCCCCCCGAGGAGGUCACCGCGAUGCCGCUGUUCUGCGCGGAGCCCCUCGAGGUGCAACAGCGCGUGGCGCACUUUGUGGAAGAAGCGUCGGCCAAGGUGCCCGCGCGGCCGCCGCGGGAGUUCAACCUGAUGAUGCGCACCGUCGAGGGCGCGUCGUGGAUGGCGCUGCGCUUCGUCGCGCCCCUCGAACUCCCCCCCGGCUUCGAGGCGGUCCCCCAGUCGGACCCCAGCCUGUUGGCGCGGCUGGCGUGGUUCGUGUCGCGCGUGCCGUUCGUGCCGGACAGCUCCGUGUCGGACCUCGUCGACGACGUGUGGAUGUCGAGCUCCGAGUUCGUCGAGCUCGCCGCGGGCGACUUCGAGGAGCACGCGCUGCUGUUGUGCGGGCUCUUCCUGCAAACGGGCCGACAGGCCUUCAUCGUGCGCGGGCAGGCCACGACGGGCCCGGAGUCGUACUUUGUGCUCACGACGGGGCAGGCGUGGACGACGUCGCGGUCCUCGCGGACCCCCACGGGCGUCGGCCUGCUCCCGAAGGCGGCGCUCACGCUGUGGGACCCCGUGUCGGGCCAGGCGUACGACGUGCGCGACGGGACGCUGCCGCUGCGGCAGGUCGACGUGGUGAUGGGCGUGGACAACGCGUGGGCGAACGUGCAGGCGCAGACGCACCCGCUGCACAUCAGCUGGGACCUGGACAACGCGCGCGAGUGGCGGGCGCUGUUCGAUCUCCAGGAGCCGAUCCGGAAGCUCGCGUCGCUGCAGAAGCCGAUGGUGUACCGGGACCACGAGCCGCGGUUCUACGAGGACCUCGCGACGAAGAUCCAGCAGGAGGUGAAGGACCUGAUUCAAGACGCGCGCCUCGAGUUGCUCAACACCAAUACCUGGUGGGACAACAGCAUCUCGACGAAGCUGCGGCACGUGCUGGCGCGGGACGUGCGGAAGUACGUCGAGCGCUCGAUGAAGGACGUCUCGGAGAUGGCGGGGCACUACCUGGCGGAUACGGUUGGGCGGGGGUUGGAACAGUCUGCGCCGCAGGCGGUCGGGACGGACACGGCGGCGGCGGUCGGCGGCGGCGGGGCGGGGAACGCGCAGGGUAUUUUCGGCGCGCGGCGCGCGGAGGAUCCCGUGCACGUGCGCGCGGGGCGGCUGCGCGUCGGUCGGUACAGCCGCACCGUGGUGAGCGCGCUGACUCAGUCGCACCUGGACUACCUGCGCACGGAGACGGGCGGGUGCACGGUGACGGGGACGCUGCUGGAGAUGCCGUUCUCGACGACGGAGGAGGUGGCGCAGGCGGUGUUGAACACAGAUCUGCACUCGAUGGCGACAGAGGGGGUGAAGUUCGCGCUGGCGGUGCGGUGCGAGCCCAUGGGGGUCAAGUUCUGCUUCCCGAUCUUCGUCUACCUCGUGGCGAUCCACAGGGACGCGCCGGUGAUCGCGCGGCGGCCGUAA